CUUCUAGACAAUGGUACACUAAGCUGUCUUCAACCAUUCAGCAACUUGGUUUUGUUCAAUCCCAAGCCGAUCACUCAUUAUUUGUGUUUGCCAAGGGUCCUUUGUUUACUGCACUACUUGUGUAUGUGGAUGACAUGAUGAUUACAGGAAAUGAUCCAAACUGUGUGGCAGUUUUAAAGUCAGUUCUGGAUGCUAAGUUUGGAAUAAAAGACUUAGGUUCACUCAAGUAUUUCUUGGGACUUGAGAUUGCAAGGAGUGAUAAGGGAAUUAGCUUGAAUCAAAGGAAGUUUGCACUUGAGAUUCUAAAAGAAACAGGAAUGAUGGGUUGUAAGCCAUUGAAGUCACCCAUGGAGCAGCAACUUAAGCUAUCAAAGGGUAAUGGAGAGCUUCUAAAAGAUUCAAGUCAAUAUAGGAGGCUUAUAGGGAAGUUGAUGUAUUUGACUUUGAGUAGGCCUGACAUUACCUAUGCUGUAAAUAGGUUAAGUCAGUUUCUAGCUCAGCCUAGAGUUCCUCACAUGCAGGCUGCUAAUAGGAUAUUACAGUAUAUAAAAGGAACUCCAGGUCAAGGGGUAUUUUUUCCUUGUGAUUCAGACUUGCAGCUGAAAGCAUACUGUGAUGCUGACUGGGCAGGUUGUCCAGAUACCAGAAAAUCCCUUACAGGGUAUUGUGUAUUCCUUGGGGACUCAUUAAUAUCAUGGAGAUCAAAGAAACAAUCCAUGGUUUCAAGAUCUUUAGCUGAGGCUGAGUAUAGAUCCAUGGCAACCACAACAUGUGAAGUCACAUGGCUGUUAUAUCUGUUGAAGGAUUUGCAUGUGCAACAUGAUAAACCUGUCCUAUUAUACUGUGAUAACCAGGCAGCACUACACAUAGUUGCAAACCCGGUAUUUCAUGAACGAUCAAAGCACAUAGAAGCUGACUGCCACAUUGUUAGAAACAGGGUUUUAGAUGGAACAAUUAAGACUUUUCAUGUGGCUUCUAAAAAUCAGCUAGCUGAUGUUUUCACUAAGGCCUUGGGUGUAGACAAUUAUGUUAGAUUGAUCAAGAAAUUGGGUUUGAUUAACAUCUUUGCUGCCAACAUUGAAUUUCCAGAAUCUACAAGAGCCUUGCUCUUGAGGGGGGGUGUUAAAACUAAUGCCCUUUGCUCCAUACUUGAGGAUGCAUCUGCUGAGACUAGUGGAGGACAGCAGUGCAAGAGUGGAGCAGCACCACUUGCACACAAUUUCAGUUACAAACACUGCAAAGCAGAGGCAUCAGAUACAGAGCAUCAGUGGGCUUGUAAGGAUGUGCUAGAGACCAUUGAAGCUGUGCCUUAUCAUGAAGUUUUCAUACAUAGCUUUGGAGAUUAUGAUACACGUGGCUUGUAGCCAUUGGUCUGUCAUGUAAAUAUUGUAAUACCAUUGUAUAGUUUAGGAUUGUUAAUAAACAAGUUUGCUGAAUUUUAGGGAAUUGGUUAUGUUA